GUACAGGAAGUCGGCAGCAGGUGCCACAGGAAGUGUGUGCGUCCCGGUACAUCCCUGCCUGCAGAACAAGAAGAGGCUAACGGCAUCUAAUUGCAGCUACCCAUUCAAUCAUUACAGCAAAAGAGAAAUAACACAUAAUAUUUAGUGAUGUCUUCAGCUGAAAUGACUGCUGCUGUACCCAACCAUCGAAGGACCAAGCCUGGAGGCAUAAAGCCUGGAGCUGCAUCCAGCGGUGUGACUGGACCGACCUCCCAGAUCCCAGGUCUGUCCCAGACCGCCGACCAAGUCACUCCAGUGGAGAGGAUCAGUGGACGACGGGUUGGGAUAUUUGAGUCAGACUCGGACUACGUCAAGCUCGCUAAGGGGGGUGGACAUAAAGGGCUGUUGAGUCAUGAUGCUGAUGUUGAGGACAAACCACUGAAACCCUACAAUCCACCCAACUGGUUUGGUGAUGAGUCAAAGAGCGGAAUCAAAGCAACAUCUCCCGACGGUGAGAUGAAGCGGGGCAUGCAGGCUCUGACUGCACCGUUUGGCACUGAUAACGGUUCGUCCUGGGAAAGAGAGACUGAUAGAUUUUCCCCUGAUAAAGAGAAGAUGUCCCCUGAUGGCGUUGCCUGUCAGAUUGAGGGCAUGUCCAUGACCAGCAAAUACAAGAGAACGUCUUUUGAUAAGAAGGCUCCCCCAGUCAGCAUGUCCAAACUGCUGAGUCAUGGCUAUGUGGAGGAGAAGAAGAAGUCUCCCAAUGACGACGAUGCCUCAAGUGUGACCUCAGAACAGACCAGCACCAUCGCGAUGGAGGACGUGGACGAUCUGGAGUAGCGCGCGCGAGGUUCUCGUCUCGAAGGAAAAAAGGGGGGGUCGUCCUAACACUGGUUCAUGGUGUCACACAAAUCCACGAACACGCCCAUUCCUCCCCUCUCGGAUUCACUCACAUUUAUUGUACAUCCACUGACUGUUAGGUUUUGUACUCAUGUUUAUGCAAAGGUACUGUCCUCCUCUAUUUAUUUGCUUUAAUUUGUAAAAAAAAAUAAUUUGCGCGGUUUUUUGUUGAGUAGAUGUGUCGGUGCUGUAUUUUUUAUUUCUGUAUUGUCAUUUCUCGAUUUGAAAGACGAGUUGUGAGCAGGGCAGGAAACUAACAUUUAACCCAGGCUUUUAUCGUUUUGCCAGUUUAAUGUUUUGAACCUAAAAUGAGAGACAGCCUCGACAGCCACAGCUUCAAUUUACCUGCAUCUGGCUGGUGGCUGGUGUUAGUUUCUUACCCUGGUUGUAUGAAGAUCGAGUAAGACAGUUUUUAAACGUGAUUGUGCUAAUGAAUUGUGGUUCCAGUGACGUGAAAUAUGAUUUGUUUAGAUCAAGGGCUCCUGCGCUCUGAAGGGAUGCUGUUAGAUGUUUGUGUGUUUCAGCUGCGGAGGUGGAUACGGUCAUUCGUUGAGACAGCCACCCUGCAGCUGUGACCACAUGCCAAAAUGCAUACUGAUGGCCACAGUUUGUCUGGUUUAAAAAGGGGCCAAAAAUGAUUUUUAGGUUGCUGUUCUGCAAAAGGUUUCUUUUCUCUAAUAUUCCUUACAAUUCUAUAGUUAUGAGUUCUUUAAGAUACAGUCAUUUAGCAGCAUUUAAUUGUGCAAGAUGCAUCUGUAUAGAGGCUUUUACUCCAAUAAUCAGAAGAAAAAUUGCAACUAGAGGUGCUGCAAGUGGUGCAUCUCCUCUUCAAGAUCUAUCACAGCUGUAUUUCCUCAUCACUGUUUAUUAUUUAGGAAGCUCAUCAGUAAAUCAAUAACAGUGCCAAGUGUUUGAUGGCGGUCCAAAUAUGUCAGAAGCCUGAUAAUGAUGAAACAAAAUGUGGUUUAUUCUGCAAGUCAGAGCCCCCUUCAGUGUUGUGUUAUUGUAUUCUCCCUCACUUUAACUUGUGCAACGACAGAUAAAACAUUCAGGGAUAUUUAAGAAAAAUGUCCACCUUCUGCAGACCGACAAGCUAAAAGUCCACUCUAGUUGUAAUCCCCUUGUGCAGAUUAAGGCAGUCACGUUUUUUUUUUUUUUUUUUUUUUUUGAAAGUGAGUUCUGAACAUGCCAACCAAGCAAGUUUUUCCCUGCUCAUGCAGUGUUUUGACUUUGUAGACAUCAAUAGGAGAACUUAGUGUUAGUGCACAGCCUGGUCACGCCAAACCCUCCAUCUCAUGACAUGUUUUUAUCAAAGCUGACGGGAGUUUAUUCAGUUCAGGUGAGAGAGAACCGGUUACUGCUGCAACAAUCGUGCAUCUGUAUUCAAAAUACCUAAACUGAGAAAAAAUAUAGAACAUACCAAGUAAUAAAGGCUUUUGUAUGAGCCUGUUUCAUGUAAAGGUUUUUUGCGGAUGUCUAAAAAUGACGACUCCAUGUCACACUUUUCACACCUUUUUGUUUUAAACUCAAAAAUACAUCAUGGCUGAACAGAAAAUGUGGCUUUUUUUUUUCUUUUUAGGAACAGCAGACAAUAUAAAUUACUGUUAAGUGUAUUUGGCCUAUUAAUUUAACUGUCAGGAUGUAAUGGAUUUCUGUGACAUUUGAUGGACAGUUUGUCCUUGAGUCAUUUAACAGUUAUACUCUUUUUUUUUUUUUUUGCCCUAAAUGUAUAAACCUGACAGUGACAGGAAAAUCCAAAUCCUACAGGGACAUUAAAUUGAUCUUAAAAUGAAAACGACGGACCAUAGAGAAGAUUUAAGCUCUGACUUUGUCCUCUCGUAAAUCCAACACCUGCGUCUCAAAAUGAUGCAGCAAUAAUAGACUCUCAUUUGAAAGGAAUUCACUCGACAGAAACUCUUACAAGAGUUGUGUCAUGUCUAACACGACUGUCCGGUUUACGGUUGUCACUCGGUUGCAGAACAACAUAUUUAAACAAUAAUGCAAAACUUAUCUGUUUGUGGUAUUUCAAAAGUGUCAAGUGCUGUUCCAAACUAGAUGAUUUACUGUUUUCAGGUGACUCUGUAUUAUGUUUUUACGCAGCACAAGGAAUGGCGAACAUAUCGUCUUUUCGUUUGCUUUGAACAACAGGUUUAUUUUUAUGAACUGUUAAAUAUUCAGGUACAGUAUUUACAGGUACAAAUAGUGUUGCAUCAAGUUUCUUCCUCCUCCUCCCAGCGAGUUGGUGGGAACCUUUAGAGGCUUAACUUUGCUCUCCAAAGUCUUGUUACUUGUAUGAACCUCUUUUGCUUUUUAUCUGCAAAUGGUGUUUGUUCAUUUUUUAAAAUGCAAAUGUACCAGAGGAGACUGAAGAAGGCAGCUUUUAAACAGAAGACCUCUUAAGUGUUAAAGAAUUGAGGAGAAAUCCGCCUGACACAACUCAAUGUAAGACAACUGCUUAUCUUGAUGACUGCACACACUCUUAUCAUUUAAAUAAAUGGGCAUGUGCAUGUA